UGUCAGUAUUUUCGAAGUUACUUCAUUCUCCCAAACAAUCAUCCAAACUGCAAUCACUCCACAGGGUACAAACUCCUUCAAACUACCUACCACCUUGCCUUAUCAAGCUAGAAUCAAGAUGUCGUCUCAAGAAGGUCGUCAGUCACCUCCCCCCGAGAGCCAGACUGGUGCUCAGCUCAAAGAUACCCCCGGCUCGGGUCAAGGUCUCCAAGACACCCCUCAGGACAAGGACAAGUCUAACAAGGACCAAGUGGAGAAUCUCUCCUCAAACCCAAAGGGACCUAUGGAAGACGCAGUUAAGGACAAAUUCACAAAGCCGCAUCCUUGAAAAGGAAGAUGGGAUUUAAUGCGCUGGGUCUAGGAAGCACCGUAGAUUGGUUGCCUUGGUGGAGUCGGCACCGCUCAAACGCAGAGUUAGCAGCUCAAUUUAAUUGAAAGUCACGAAUGACCAUGAUUAUAUUUACUUAGCUGCUCCAUUCACAAAAAUCCAUA